UUAGCUCCGCCCUGGGCGCUCUGGCGUCACUUCCGGCCGACGGCAGAAUGGCGGCGCAGGGCCUGUCCAAGGCCGAGUACCUGCGGCGGUACCUGAGCGGCCCUCCCGCCGCCGAGGCCGCCCAGCCUCGCCGCCGCCGCAAGAAGAAGCCGCCGGGUGGUGCCGGGAGGACCGGGAUGAGGAUCGUGGAUGAUGAUGUCAGCUGGAAUAGCAUUGCUGCUGUCCAAGAGAAGGAAGAGGAGGAGGAUGAAGCAGACAUGCCUGUGGUGGCAGAGUUCAUCGAUGAGCGCCCUGAGGAAGUGAAGCUGAUGGAGGAGUUCCGAACUAACGCUAAGUGGAAGCUUCUGGGAGACCAGAACGAGGACUCGCAGAGCUCAGGUGUUUCAGUACCUGCCAAGCCCACCACGAGGCGCCAGCACCACGGCUCCCCGGACAGCUCCCCAGCAAGGAAGCUGCGGCACGACGCGGACAGAUCCCCUGCCAGGCGCCAGCGCCAGGGCUCCCCAGACACCAACCCACCGGGGAGGAAGCGCCACGACACCCCGGACCUGUCCCCUGCUAGGCAGGAUGGAAACCACUCUGCCAACCUCCCGCCUGUCAGGCGCCAGCGCCACGACUCCCCGGACCUGUCCCCUCCCAGGCGCCAGCGCCACGACUCCCCGGACCUGUCCCCUCCCAGACGCCAGCGCCACAACUCCCCGGACCUGUCCCCUCCCAGGCGCCAGCGCCACAACUCCCCGGACCUGUCCCCUCCCAGGCGCCAGCGCCACGACUCCCCGGACCUGUCUCCACCAAGAAGGAAGCGCCAUGACUCCCCAGACCUGUCCCCUGCCAGGCGAGGUGGAAACCACUCUGCCAACCUCCUGCCUGCCAGGCGCCAGCGCCACGACUCCCCAGACCUGUCCCCUCCCAGGCGCCAGCGCCACGACUCCCCAGACCUGUCCCCUCCCAGGCGCCAGCGCCAUGACUCUCCAGACUUGUCUCCACCACGAAGGAAGCGCCACGACUCCCCUGAUCUGUCCCCUCCCAGGCGCCAGCGCCAUGACUCCCCAGACCUGUCCCCUGCCAGGCGAGGUGGAAACCACUCUGCCAACCUCCUGCCUGCCAGGCGCCAGCGCCACGACUCCCCAGACCUGUCCCCUCCCAGGCGCCAGCGCCACGACUCCCCAGACCUGUCCCCUCCCAGACGCCAGCGCCACAACUCUCCAGACUUGUCUCCACCACGAAGGAAGCGCCACGACUCCCCUGAUCUGUCCCCUCCCAGGCGCCAGCGCCAUGACUCCCCAGACCUGUCCCCUCCCAGGCGCCAGCGCCAUGACUCCCCUGAUCUGUCCCCUCCCAGGCGCCAGCGCCAUGACUCCCCAGACCUGUCCCCUCCUAGGCGCCAGCACCACAACUGCCCGGACCUGUCUCCACCACGAAGGAAGCGCCAUGACUCCCCAGACCAGUCUGUCCCCAGAAGGAAGCACAAUGGCUCUCUGGACCUGUCCCCCCCCAGGCGCCAGCGCCACGACUCCCCUGACCUGUCCCCCCCCAGGCGCCAGCGCCACGACUCCCCUGACCUGUCCCCCCCCAGGCGCCAGCGCCACGACUCUCCAGACCUGUCCCCCCCCAGGCGCCAGCGCCAUGACACCCCUGAGGUCUCCCCAGCAAGGCUCAGCUCAGCAGUGGGGAGAAAGGGCAGCGAGAGGCCUGGGGCAGGGCAGGGAGAGCAGCCCCCGCUCAGACGCGGUGCCUCUGACAAGUCCUGGUCGCGUCAGAAGCAUGAGGCCAGCCCAGACCUGUCCCCUCCCCGGAGAACAAGGCAGGAUCCUGGCUUGGAGCUGUCGCCACCCCGGAAAAAGAGGAGUGGAUCACCUGGUGUGAGGAAGCAGAGCAGGCUAAAAGGAGCUUCUCCAACCACCAAGAAGCUGAGGCACGACUCUGAGUCUCCAUCCCCAAGGGGUGCCCGGAACACCUCGGGUGCAGCUCGUGGGCUCAGCUCCCCAAAGUGUGGUGCACUCAGGAGGAGUCCCAGCAGAUCUCCAGACUCUGAUUUAUCCCCUCGACGACGGAUCCUGCCUGCUGGGAAGGAGCAGCACAGGUCCAGGAGUCCCCAUGAGCCCUCUCCUCAUCAGCACCAUGACCCCAAGGGAUCUCCCAGGAAGGUCCAGGCUGGCCUGGUGUCAGCUGAUGUGCUGUGGAGGGAGCAGCAGGAGCUGAGGAGGCACGAGAGGAGUAACAGGCACCUGGAAGAGGAAUCCAGGCAUUCCCAGACAGUGUUCCGGGACAAGUCUGGCCGCAGGAGGGACCUGGCGCAGGAGCAGCUGGAGCAGAGGCAGAAGGCGGCGGCGGAGGCGGAGCGGAACGAGCUCUAUGCCAAGUGGGGCAAAGGGCUAGCCCAGGACAGGCAGCAGCAGCAGAACGUGGAAGAUGCCAUCAAAGAGAUGCAGAAGCCCUUGGCUCGGUACAUUGAUGACCAGGACCUGGACCAAAUGCUGCGGGAGCAGGAGAGGGAGGGAGACCCCAUGGCUGACUUCAUCAGGAAGAGGAAGGCCAAGGAGAACAAAGAGAAGAAAGAAAAACCGAGGUACAAGGGACCAGCUCCACCACUCAACAGGUUCAACAUCUGGCCUGGGCACCGCUGGGAUGGUGUGGACAGGUCCAAUGGGUUCGAGCAGCAGCGCUUCGCCAGGAUGGCCAACAGGAAGGCGGUGCAGGAGCUGGCAUACAAGUGGAGUGUGGAGGACAUGUAGAGGAACCACCAUGGGCUGCUGCUUGGGCAGUUCCCCUGCCAGGCUCUGCCUCGACCAAGCUCUGUCCUUGGUGCUCAGCAUCCCUGUGAAGCAUCUCCCAAGAGGCAAAGCUGAGUGGAGAGCGACCAGGGAGGAGCCAGAGAAGGCACAAACUGCAGCGGCGCUGCCUGGAGACUGCAGGGGCUGAGUGGUGACCUCUGCUCUCUGUUGUUCUCCUUGGAGGGGCUGCAGAUGCCUUUCUGGUCCUUUUCCUUCUACCAAACUGCAGGAGCUCUCCUCUUAAUUGUUUGAUGCCAAAUGCUUUGUCCUCUGAGGGCAUUUCCCAAGCCUUCAGGUGUCCUAAAUCUCAGGUUUUUCCCUCGUGGUGAAAGUGCUGAACUCCUGCUUCCUGGAGAAGUGAAGCCCCAUCCAGUCUGCUCCAGAGCUUCACUUGGGCUGGAGUUGUUCCUGAGAGCAGCUGUAGCCCCAAACUGUCAUGGUUUUGCUGCUCUUCAGUUCAUGGAUUCAGCAAAGCUCAGCUGCUGCAGUCCUGUGUGAGCAGGAGGCUGCUCCCUCUCUGUAGCACCUGCUCUAGAAUGCUGCCUUUGACAGGAGAAAUCUUCAGGAGCCCCAGCAGCCCUUUUGGGGUCCAUUCCUUGUGGAAGCAAAACAUCUGGAGGGGGUUUAGGUUGCAUCCCCUGGUGGUUACGAGCUGAUGAGUCCAUCCCCAGUGCUGCCUGGGGGCUUGUCUCAGUGCCAGCCCUAACCCCAGGCUGCCCAGCAGAAUUUGUUGGGCUCAGAGCUGAGGCCCAGGCAGGGAGCACAGCAGUGGUGGAAACAAAUCCAGCUGCUGUCAAAUCCAGCUGCUCUGCAUCCCAGGGUGCAGAGGGAAAGGCAGGCACAAGUUUCCAUGGCAGUGCUUGUCUUGUGCAGGCAUCAGUGGUCAGAGUAGCCCUCUGGGGGUCCUGGCAGGUGAGGAGUACAAGGACAGAGGCUUCUUGAAUGGGAGAGGCUGGAGGCUUGCUGCCCUGGUUUGUGUUGCCCCUGUUGUGUUGCAGUCCUGGGGCUGUCUGUACCCCUGUCAAUUACAGCUGCCUUUUUUUACUGUG